UUCCUCAAUGCUCAGAUUUUUCACUAAUGACUUAGACUUCAACUUCAGCUUAUCUCAACAUUCGAAACCAGAAUCAAAUCAGUUUAAUUUAACAAACUCAAUGCUUAAAGAUAAAUCAAAUCUACCAGAUCAAUAUAAUUCUGAUCCUCAUGUGACAAGACUAAGUCCAAUUCUUGACCAACAACAAAUAAGACUUUUUGCAAAUGCAAGAGAUUCUCAAAAACAAAAUUCAAUUCUCAUAUCACAAAAUGAUGUUUUAAAAGUAAAAAAUAAAGAGGUCAAAGAAAAAAAUCACAUGCUUGAAAUUGAAAACUCAAAUCUCAAAGUAAAAAAUAAACAGACUGUAGAAAGAAAUCAUACUCUAGAAACAGAGAACACAAAACUUAAAAAGCUGAAGAAAGAAAAUAAACAGACUGUAGAAAGAAAUCAUACUCUAGAAACAGAGAACACAAAACUUAAAGUAGAAAAUAAAGAGAUCAAAGAAAGAAAUUAUGCCCUAGAAAUAAAUAACACAAAUUUUAAAGUAAAAAAUAAAGAAGCUGAAGAAAGGAAUCACGCCCUAGAAUCACAGAAUAAAAUAUUAAAAACUGAAAAUGCAGAUUUAAAAUUAAAAGAUAAAAAUUAUACAAAACUCAAAACAAAAUAUGCAGUUCUAGAAUCAGAAUACGAGAAUCUUAAAUCAUCAUAUAAAGAACUAGAAGCAAAAAUCACUGAAUCUGAAAAUAAACUUAGAGAUAUCAAUAAGAGAUAUGGUGAACUUCUCACAGAACAUUCAAGUCUAAAAGUAAAUUAUGCUAUAUUUGAAGAUAAUUAUAAAGCUUUACAAGCUCACAACAGAAAGAAUAAAAUAAAAAUUAAAAAUUUAGAAAAUGAAUUGAAAAAAAUACAAGACGAAAAAGAUAAAGUGGAAAAUACUUGUUAA